CAUGCCAUUGGCCGGAAGGCCUAAAAAGGGCAUGGGGGAGGGCGUGCGGGCUCUCGGUGCCGCCUGUUUAGCUGUAGAGAGCCUGUCAACCCACCGCGGAUAAAGUUGUUUUUAUUUCGUGAAAUCGAUAGAAAAGAAAACCGCAUUGCUCUGAAGCUCAGCUGACAGGAAGGAGGGUGUGCAGCUUCAAGUUCGAGAGCUAUCGGACCCCAAAACGCAGGGGUGGGUCCUAGCACCCUGCGCGCCCCGACCCUCUACGCCGGACCAUGGGAACCCCAAAGCCACGGAUCUUGCCCUGGCUGGUGUCGCAGCUGGACCUGGGGCAGCUGGAGGGGGUAGCCUGGCUGGACGAGAGACGCACGCGCUUCCGCAUCCCUUGGAAGCACGGCUUGCGGCAGGAUGCCCAGCAGGAGGACUUCGGCAUCUUCCAGGCGUGGGCGGAGGCCAGCGGGGCCUACACUCCUGGAAAGGAUAAACCUGAUCUGCCCACCUGGAAGAGGAAUUUCCGAUCGGCCCUGAACCGGAAGGAGGGGUUGCGUUUAGCCGAGGAUCGGAGCAAGGACCCCCAGGACCCGCACAAGGUCUAUGAGUUUGUGAUCUCAGGAGCUGGGAACUUCUCUGAGUUGGACACCUCUCCGGACGCCAAUGGCAGGUGCAGUACCUCGGAUACCCAGGAAGAUAUACUAGAGUUACUGAGUGACAUGGUCUUGGCCCCAUUCCCAGAAGGGGGGCCCUCGAGCCUGGCUGUGGUCCCUGAGCAGACCCCUCCAUUCUUGCUGAGCCCCGCCAUAGACAUCCCUGCUCCCUGCCCAAACUCGGAGCCCCCUGAAAACCCACUGAGGCAGCUCUUGUUGCCCGAGGAAGAGUGGGAGUUCGAGGUGACUGCCUUCUACCGGGGCCGCCAAGUCUUCCAGCAGACUGUCUUCUGCCCGAGGGGCCUGCGGCUGGUAGCAUCAGAGGCAGGGGACAGGACGCUGCCUGGACAGCCAAUAAUACUGCCAGACCCUGGGGUGUCGCUGACAGACAGGGGCGUGAUGGGCUACGUGAGGCGUGUGCUGAGCUGCCUGGGCGGGGGACUAGCUCUGUGCAGGGCAGGACAGCGGCUCUGGGCCCGGAGGCUGGGGCACUGUCACACAUACUGGGCCUUGGGCGAGGAGCUCCUCCCUGACAGCCGUCAUGGACCCAGCGGCGAGGUCCCCAAGGAUGAGGAAGGAGACGUGUUCAACCUGAGGCCCUUCGUGUCAGAUCUGAUUGCCUUCAUCGAAGGAAGCCGACACUCACCACGCUACACUCUCUGGUUCUGCGUGGGGGAGCCAUGGCCCCAGGACCAGCCAUGGACCAAGAAGCUCGUGAUGGUCAAGGUUGUUCCCACGUGCCUCAGGGCCCUGCUGGACAUGGCACGGUCAGGGGGCGCGUCUUCACUGGAGAACACUGUGGACCUGCACAUUUCCAACAGCUACCCAUUCACUCUCACCUCAGACCAGUACAAGGCCUACCUCCAGGACCUGGUCGAGGACAUGGAUUUCUAGGUCACUCGGGAGGUCUGACCCCUCACUCCUCACGGGUGCUGCCCCCUCGUGCCUUCACCUUGGCCAAUAAACUGUUUCUUGCCACUGU